AUGAAUCCACCUCCGACAGCCCCAAUGGAACAUAUUGUUCCUCUUCCGCCCGAUUAUGGGAAUGCCAGUGCCCCACUCUCGUCACAUUCUGCCAGUCAUGACAAACACUCCUUAUUUUCAGACUAUCAGAUUCAGCAACUCAUCAAGCAAGGCUUUACCAAAGGUCUUUGUACAGCAUUGGAGGACGCCAAGAAAGUGUUUGCCCUCAGAAUAUGGAUUGUCGACAAUAGCGGCAGCAUGCAGCAGCCGGAUGGACAACGCAUGGUGCCCAAUAGUAAAGGCAAUAACAAUACCAUUAAGAUGGUUCCAUCUUCCAGAUGGGAUGAAAUUGUCGAUUGCGUCGAAUACCACGCCAAACUAGCUGGUCUCAUUGAGGCGCCCACCAGAUUUCGUCUCUUGAACAAUCCUGGUGCCAAUGUGGGGCCACAGCAAUUCUCGAUUGCCGAAGAGCAAGGCACUAGUAGUAGUAGUAGUAUCACUAGAGAGAUUGGACAAGCAACGAGUAUUAUGCGCAAGGCCGGUCCAAGUGGAUGUACUCCAUUGACGAGCCAUAUCUUGGAGAUACAUACUGAAGUAUCCAAAAUGGCACCAACACUACGGCGACAAGGGCAAAAGGUGGCAAUUAUCAUUGCGACAGAUGGUUUGCCCACGGAUGAAAGAGGGUAUGGGGGGCUCAAUCACAAUCAGGAAUUUGUGGAGGCACUCCGCAUGUUGGAAGGACUACCAGUGUGGGUAGUCGUUCGAUUAUGUACCAAUGAUGAUGCCAUUGUCAAUUUCUACAAUGAUUUGGAUGGCCAAUUGGAAUUGUCUCUCGAGGUGUUGGAUGAUUUCUGUGGAGAAGCCCAAGAAGUGAUCAAUCACAAUCCGUGGCUCAAUUAUGGCCUGCCACUUCACCGACUACGAGAAUUUGGUUGUCAUGAUCGAGUCUUUGAUAUACUAGACGAACGACCCUUUCUCAAGUCGGACAUUCGAGACUUUUUUGCAUUGCUCUUUGGAAGAGAGAAUUUUGAUGGAAUGGCAGAUCCACUUGUGGAUUGGGAUGCCUUUGUGCAGCAAAUUGCCCAUUUGCUACAAACAGAAUCCUAUCAGUACAAUCCUUUGACGAGAAGAGUGUCACCAUGGAUCAAUGUAUCCAGGCUAAAUUGGAUACAUGGUCGCACGAAAUGCUUUCCAGCCAAUAACUGUAUAAUCAGUUAG